GACAAUCCUCGCUCUCAGCAGCACAUGGCAAGGGAGGCAAAGGGGACCAACAAGUGAAGAUAACAACAAACCUCGUCGUGCCGUACGCCAUGGGCAUAUUUAUGAGGAUAACUGUUCUAUCCUUCCUCCUGGCCGAAGUGAUCUCGUCAGGUACCACAUUCACCUUCUUUAGGGAGCCUAGCGCCUCGUUUGUGAGGCGGUAUUUGGAGCGACAGGACACAGGGCAGAGCCCGGUCAAUCAUGCUUUUGCAGGAUUUUCCGACAUUGCAGCCGCCGGUGGCGAUGCCGCGGUCCCUCCUCCGCCGCCACAAGGAUUCCAAGAGAGAACAGGCGCACCUUGGGAGCGGCAAGGAGACAUAUGAGCGAGGCCGGGAAGCACUUCUGCGGUGGCAGAUGCACCAUGGAUCCUCGUGGGCGAGAAUAUUUCUCGGGCAGAGACCUCCACGACCCGCCUUGCAGCGCAACCUGGUGACAAUCGCCAAGGCUU